AUACCAUUAUCACCACAAACUACCGGCGUAUUUGCUUAGCGCUUGCAAUCCAAGCAUCUCUAAGAUUCUGAUUCAAAAUUGGAAUCGGAAUCGUAAUUGAAGUGGGUAAAUUCGCUGUUGCAUUUCCAGUUCAAUGCCGGCAAACCAACACAGACCUCUUCGAGGAGGAAUCUUUUCAUGGUGGCGUCAAUGGUCCAACAGAGAGUCAACAAUCGCCGCCGUCAUACUCGCCGUGCUCCUCCUCACCUUCACCCUCUCUAUCAUCUCGGACUCACGUACAAAUACAAACCCAAUUUCAAACACAGAUACAGUUUCAGAGUGGGUGCCCUUCACCCCUUUAAGCAAAGCUCAACAAAAUACCGCCUUUUGUUUGGACGGAAGCGUACCUGGGUAUCAUAUGCAGAGGGGAUUUGGAUCUGGAUCUGACAGUUGGCUUCUUCACAUUGAGGGUGGAGGAUGGUGCAAUACCAUAUCAUCGUGUUCUUCUCGAAAGAGAACAGCAUUAGGUUCGUCCAAAUAUAUGGACCAUCAAGUUCAGUUUUCUGGACUUUUGAGCUGCAACCCACUCCAAAAUCCUGAUUUUUUCAACUGGAACCGGGUAAAGAUACGAUAUUGCGAUGGAGCAUCCUUUUCUGGGCACCCUGAGAGUGAGUUUAAAAAUGGAACAAAGCUUUUCUUUCGAGGCCAGCUUAUCUGGAACACACUUAUGGACGAGCUCUUAACAAUAGGAAUGUCUACUGCUAAACAGGCCCUUCUUACAGGAUGCUCUGCAGGUGGUUUGGCCACUCUCAUACAUUGUGAUGACUUUCGAGAGAUUAUGCCAAAAGAUGCUAAUGUCAAGUGUCUAGCUGAUGCAGGUUUUUUCCUCAACAAGAAGGAUAUUGCCGGAAAUCACACCAUAGAAUUCUUUUAUCGCGAUGUUGUGCAUCUCCAGGGUGUAUCAAGAAGUUUAAACAAGGAAUGUGUUGCUAGAUCAGAACCUUCUAAGUGUUUCUUUCCUCAAGAAUUUAUAAAAAGUAUAAAGACCCCAGUUUUCCUUGUCAACCCAGCAUAUGAUUUUUGGCAGAUAAGAAAUAUUUUGGUACCUGAUGCAUCAGAUCCUAAUGAAAGCUGGCGUCGAUGCAGGCUAAACAUACACAAUUGUAAUCCCGAACUGCUUGAAGUGUUGCAAGGGUUUAGAAAUGCAUUGCUCAAGACACUCAUUGAAUUUCAACAAAAUGAGGAAGCAGGGAUGUUUAUAAAUUCAUGUUUUGUUCACUGCCAAACAUGGAUCGCCGAGACAUGGCAUUCACCCAGUUCUCCCAGAAUCAACAACAAAACGAUUGCAGAAUCUGUGGGUGAUUGGUACUUCAACCGAAAAACAGCAAAGCAUAUUGAUUGUCCCUUUCCUUGCAAUCCCACUUGCUAUAAUUUGGAUUUUGGUCAAGGGUGAUACAUUUUAGCUUGCUUUGGGCUCACUAAAAUCAUUUUUCUUCUCCUUCGACAAUUGUCAUACUAUCUUUUACACUCCCAAGAUUAAAUUGAAGAAUAUGGCAAGGUAAUAUCCUUCUGCUCGUUAUAGAAUGUACGCACAAGAUUGAAUCACAUUGCAAAAUUCUUCUAUCCUGCAUUUAUGCACUUGAGUUUUCUUACUGCUAGUCUAAAAUAUGGUAAUUCAGUGUCCCUAUCCAGUACACUUGACCAAAUAAUAUCAAUGUUGAUCUCAUGUUGUCUUUUAACAUGGCUGUAUUGUAUACUUCCUGAUGAAGACCGUUCCUUCUGGUGGUCAUAUUUCAACCCCUUUGUGUAGGACAACGUAGAAUUUGUGUAUGUCCACAAGAACUAAAUGUGUAAUAACAAUGAAAUGGUGAUGAUCUUGUUUAUUUUUAAAUUUAGGGAUCAACUUACAAUGCGAGCAAUAAAUUAGAGACUAGAACUAUUUUUCA